AUGAAGCCCUUAUGGCUCGUGUCAACAGCGACAAUCGUAGUGGUGUUGCAGGCGUCCACAUAUUUCUUGCCUUCCGGUAUUUCCUUGGGCCAGGUGGUCUUGGCGACUGUGGUCCUUUCCGUCUUGCUCUUCUGGAUCCCAAAGACAUGGAUCCAAAGUUUGCAGAAGCACUUCAGCAGCAAGGAGGUGCCUUUGCUCACUUCGACCCCGGAGCCCUUCUCAGAGGAGGCUCCAUCAAGGCUGAGGGAAGAGGCUUUGGAGCGUCGCCCAAAGCCGCGGCAUCAACUCAGGCUAGCUCGCUCUGCCCAAGAGGUGGUGACAUCCUGGGUGGCUGUUCUCAUGGCAGGUGUAGACUUGGUUGUGAAUAGACAAUUGAUGCUUGUUCGAGCAGAGCCUCCUUUGCUACUCCUUGGUAAUGAGGAGGUCCAGAUUGCCGAGAUUUCAAUUCAACUGCAGGGACCAGUCAUCACUGUGCUUAGUCAAGGAGUCAAGUGGAGCAUCGAUUGUGAAGAAUCUAGCGCUUUGCAGCUCGCACUUUCGCUCAAGGUUUUGCGGGCAGAGGCUUCAGGUAAGUGGAAGGAAAGGCCUUUGGAUCAUCUUUGCCGACCACGUCCAGCAGAAUGA